CUGAUUAAUAUUUGUUACACUCUUUAGGUGAGUUGGUGUGUGAAGUGUAUAAUUCAAGUUUUCGGAACUAGCUCGACACUUUGGGUUUGGGAUUAAACCUGAUGAAUUUCAAUCGAUAAUUUUGGCGAUGGCUAGGGUUAGGAAUUGUUGGACCCAUUCAAAAAAAGCGACUUUAAUCUGGGCAAUCUCUGCGAUUAUCUUUCUCUGUGUGUUCCAAAUGGCUCUUCGAAAUUCAUCUGACAAUUAUCACUCAACUUCUUCAGGGCAUGGAACAGAUACUCCAACUACAAAUGCGGAGAAGAGAUUAAGAUUGUAUGAUAAGAUGGAGAGGGAUUUGGAUGAGCACGGUGCAGUGUUCCUCAAACAUGGAGAAACUUCUCAGUCCUUGUCACUUUCAGAUAUUUUUACUCUAAAAGAUGGAUCUGUUACACCUAUACUUAAGGCUGCUAUUCCUCCUGUGCGAGCUAAUGUUUUAUACAUGAGCACAGAGCACUCGGUUCCUAUCUCGGAGGUUGUAAGGGGUAUAUUUCUUCCCUAUUUUGAAAAAGUGAGUUGGUUUCAGAACUCUACUUUGUACCAUUUUAGCAUGUUCCAUGCCUCGCACCAUAUUGCACCUGUUCCUGCCACAGAACAGGAGCUCCUGUCCUGUCAGAUAGAAGCUGAAGCAAAUGCUGUUAAAACUGUUGUGGACGCUCUCUGCCCAAUAAAAAUUGUCUUGGAUAGGGUGGUUUUAACUUCAACUGGUGUGCUUCUGGGGUGCUGGCAGGUGAUUUCUGGGACAGAUCCUAUAACUAUUCGUGCUAAAUUGAGAACUGCUCUUCCUCGUGCUCCAGAAAAGCAACUUUAUGAUGAUGCCAUUCUUCACACAUCAUUUGCAAGACUUCUGGGUCACCCAAAUACUUCACCUGAGGAGGUGGAUAAAACUUCAGAACUCCAAUUUUUUCAUAAGCUAGUUGCUCGUCUAAACAACGAAUUACGUGGAUUUCAGGCGACAGUUUCCGAGCUCUGGUACGUGGAGGAAUUCGAUAUGUUAGCUCUUGCAUUGAAUGGAAGAACGAAGAUUCGGAAGUUCCAGCUUGGCUGCUCAAAAACCUGAGGUAUCCAAGGAUCACAAAACAUAUACUUCGUAGUCCAGUUCCACUAUCAAGACACAGCCCUGUUCAUUCCGUUUCUCGCAUUGCAGAUGCUGGCUCUUAACCAUGGUCGGAUAAGUGGAAACUCGAGUUUGUAUCCUUCUCUCUUUACUAUAUUUUCAGGUUUCCCAUGGAUGUGGGAAACCGUUGUAUGAAUCGGAAUUUAUCUACAAAAUUCUUUGGUUAUACCUGAGUUCUUCUUGUAGGUCAUUUGUAAUUCAUGAUAUUUUAGUUUUUAAUACACCCAGACUUUGGUUGACUUUCCCCAUAA